AUGGCGUCUCCCAAUCCUAUUCCCGUUGGCAUUGAUAAGGAACAGGCAUUUAGCAUGGCACAAACGGAGAUGGAAUACAGGGUGGAACUCUUUAACAAUUCAUGGUGUGACUGUUCUUUUAAUGCAGGCUUGCUCAAACAUGCUUUAAUAAAUGUGUGGAUAAAAGGUAAUCUUUCUCUCUUAUGUACAUCCUUAUGGAACUUGUCUGAGUUGUACAAGGAAGCUGAGUUAAACAUGGGUGAGAACAGUUGCAUUGACCGUUGUGUUUCCAAGUACUGGCAGGUAAAUGGAAUGGUUGGACAGCUUCUAAGUGCUGGCAAGCCUCCGAUGUAA